AUGUUUAAAGUAUCUAAAGAAUAAUUACAAAAAUUAUUAACUUCUGGGUUAGAUUAGGAUGAUGCAAAUUGCACGAGCGAGUUCAAAUCAACAAAGCAAUUUGAAGAAUGUUUAAAUUCUAAUAUAGAAAGAGGAUUGGGGGAAAGUGAUAUUCCUUAGAGAUAAUAAGUAUUUGGAAUCAAUGAGAAAGAGAAAUUCAUACCUAUUAGCUUGAUGAGUAAUAUUUGGAGUAUUUUAAUUGUAAAUGAUCUAUAUAAUAUAGAAACCAAAAACAAUAUUUUUUUAAUCCAUGUCCAUGAUCACAUUAAUUUUAACAUACUUAUCAACAGAUGGAGUCUAUACAAAUGAAUGGAUUGAAAGUAUAACAAUAUUUGUUUUGAUUUCAUUGAAUUCCUUAAUAUUAGAGUCAGUUUAUGUAAAUUUACAUUAACCUAACCAAGUUAAAAAUCAAUGAUAAUAAUAAAAAAAGAUAACAAAAUUUAGAAGAAUAAUUAAAAUCUGUGGUUGUUUUGAGGAAUGGAAAAAAAUAAACUAAAUAGGCAAAGGAUAUUGUUGUAGGUGAUAUUGUUAUACUGAACGCAUGUGAUAAAAUCUAUGUUGACGGUUUAAUCGUGGAAUAAUUUAAUUUAUUAAUUAAUGUAUUAAUAUUUAAUUAUAAUUUAUUUAGCAAAGCUUUUUAACAGGGGAGGACGAAUGUGUUCGCAAAAUUACAUUAGAAGAAGCAAAUCCAUAAGAAGAGCUAAAUUUAGUAAGGAACCACCUAAUAUUUGCAGAAAGUCAAGUAAUGUCAGGUUAAGGAAAAUUGUUGGUUUUGGCAGUAGGUCCAGAAUUAUUUGCUUAGAAAAUAUUAAAUUAAAUCAAAUAAGAAAGAGGGGAAGAAACACCAAUAUAUGAAAAAAUAAAAAAUAUUUCAAAUAAAAUAGAAAUUAUUGGAUUUGUAGGUUGUAUAAUUGUAAUCCUUAUUGUGCUGGCUAGGUACAUGAUUUAAUAUUAAAAUUUAAAUGGAUAUAGUACAUUAUCCAAUAUACUGAACUUUAUAAUAGUUUUAUUGUCAUGGAAUUCAUCUAAAACAAUGAUAUAUAAUUAUUAAAUAAGAUUAGCUUAAACUUUAAAAUAAAUGUUAAAUUCAUAAAGUUUAGUUAGAAAGUAAUUUGCAUUAGAAAACUUACCAUUUAUGAACUAAGUAUAUAUUUUCUUAAUUAUCAAGUUAAUAAUUUGUACUGAAUCACUAUAUCAAAACAUAUAUUGUAUUGAUAGUUUUCUAAAUGAUACGAAUGGAGAGUUAAGUUAAGAGAGAUUCAAUGAAUUUCCAUAAGAAUUUAAAUAAGCUUUUAUAGAUAGCUGCAUUAUAAAUAAUACAUAUAAUCCAGAAAAUGAAUCAUAUGAAAGUAUUACAGAAAAAGGAUUUUAUUUACUGUCAUAAAUAUUAGGAAUUAAAAUAGAAGAGAGAAAAAGUUAAGUGACUCAUUUUAUACCUAGUUCAAGUAAAAGAAGGAGAAUAGUAAGAAUAUUCAGUUAUAUAAUUAGACAACUAUUAUUGAUAAUAGUAGGGUUGUUGUUAAGGGUUCUUUUAAAGUAAUAUUGGAAUCAUCAAAUAAAUUUUACAGUUUGAAGGAUGGGAUUAUUCCUAUUGAUGAUGUUUUAAGGGAUACAAUAGAAUAGAAUUUAAAUCAAAUAAGACAAAAUCCUGGAGUAAUGAUAGCUAUAGCAUUUAGAGAUGUAGAUUUAAAAAAUGAAAAUGUUGAAGAAUAGAUAAAGAACGAUAAUUUUUAAUUUGAUAAUGAAAAUUUGACACUAUUAGGUUUCUUUAUGAUUUCAAAUUAGUUGAAAAGUGAAACAAAAAGAAUUGUUGAACAAAUUUAAUAAGCAGGUGUUAAAGUUAUUUUGGUUGGAUAAGAUAGUUCACAGACUAUAUAGCAAGUUGCUGUGUAAGCUGGUAUUAUUACUUCAGAUUCAACAAUUACGGAAGGAGUUGAUUUUAGUAAUCUACUGUAAAAUAGAACAGAAAAUUACAAAAAAGAAAUAGAAGAUAUUUGUGUUAUAAGUAGAUCAACACCAAUAAAUUAAUAAAAUAUAGUUUAUGAAUUAUAAAAGUUGGGACAUGUAGUAGGAGUAAUUGGUGAUAGUGCAAAUUCUGGUAAUUAUUAAUUCUAUUUAAAUAAUUAGCUUUUGCUAUAAAAAGUGCUGAUGUAGGUUAUUGUAUAGGUAAAUUAGCGAUGGAAAAAGCUAGAGAGAGUUCAGGGAUAGUAUUGGUGAAUGAUAGUCUUGAUUAAAUUUAUAUUGGACUCAUUUUGGCUAGAAAUCUAUUGGAUUCUAUUACAAGACUAGUUUAAUAUUAAAUUACUACACAUUCAUAAUUAAUUACUAUUUUAAUCGCUUCAUUAGCUAUUAGAGAUAUUGUAAUAAUAUCUCCACUACAAAUUUUUUGGAUAAAUCUAAUUACUGAUUUAUUUGCAUCAAUUAUUUUAUCUUAUUGUAAACCAAGUGCCAAUUUAUUCCACACAAAAUCUUUUAAUAAACAAAGAUUUUUAUUGGAUAUUUUUGAUUAUAUUCAUAUAAUUAUAUUAUCUGUCUAUAUCAUAGCUUUAUGCAUUUUAUUUGGAGAUUAAGUAAAUUUAUUAUUAUCAAUAUUUAGUCCUUAAUGGUAUUCAAUAUUUUGGUAAUUACAAAUUUGUUUAAUUUGAUUAAUUCUAGGAUGGUGUAAUUAAAGUUUAAUAUCUUACACGAAUUCUGUUGUUCUUGGAUGAUUUAUAUUUCAAUAUUAAUGAUUGGACUAUUUUAAUAUUUAAUUUUAGAAUAGGGAGGAAUAGUUUUAUAUUCAUUUAAUGGUUUGAGUCUUAAAUAAUGGUAAUAUAACUUUUAAUAUAAAAGGCUUGUUUGUAUUGCAAUUGGAAUAGGUAGUAUAAUUUUGAGAACAGCAGUAAUUACUAUCAUUAAACCAAACCUUCUUAAAAUAAUCAGGUUUAUUAAUUAGAAGAGUAAAAAAGCAAAAUUAAAAGUUUAUUGAAAUAAUAUAAUAUGGUGC